ACCAGAUUUUCAUUCAGAUAUGGCCGCCGCUCAACAAAUUAUAGUUCUUCAUCGCCGCGUUUUGAUGAUGAUUCUUGUCCUUCAUUCAGUGAAGGUAAAAAAAACUUGAAUUUGGUGCCGUCGCCCGUUUCAUAUCCGAUGAGAAUCGCUGUCUCUCCGGGUAAGGUCCAUCAAGUGUUCUUGAAUUUCCGGGGAGAGCAACUGCGGUACAACUUUGUCAGCCACCUAAGUGAUGCCUUCGAGUUGCAAGAGAUCAAGUACUUCAUAGACAAACACGAGCAGAGAGGCAAAGACCUAAAACAUCUCUUUGUAAGAAUCAAAGAGUCCAGCAUUGCACUGGCAAUCUUCUCUACUAGGUAUCCAGAGUCGAGCUGGUGCAUGGAUGAGUUGGUGAUGAUGAAGAAACUUUCGGAUCAAGGAAAACUCCUAGUUAUUCCGAUCUUCUACAAGGUGGAUGCAAAAGACGUUAAAAAACCGACAGGUGACAGUGAGUUUGGUAAGAACUUCUGGAGGCUCGCCGAAGAUUCUACUGGAGAUCAGAUCAAGAAGUGGAAAGAAGCCUUAGAGUCCAUCUCUUGUAAGAUGGGUUUGUCUCUAGGAGAAAAGAGCUCUGAAUCCGAUUUUGUCAAGGAAAUUGUUAAGGAGGUGCAGAGAGUUAUAGAAGCAUUUGUCUCGAGGAAGAAAAGAGUCAUUUUCGGAAGGAAGGUGGGGGAUUUUCAGUUACCCAUAUGGUGAAUCUCCCGAUAUCAAGAAUAGAGGAGCCAAACAUUUCAUUUGUAAUUUUUGUAUUUAUUACCAUAAAGCAUCCAUGGCCUA